CCGGUGAGAGGAGUCAUCGCUGUGAGCUCAGUCAGGUUUUCUCCGACGGACAGCGUGGAAAGAUGGUGCUCGACUUGGACCUGUUUCGGACCGACAAAGGCGGAGAUCCAGAAAUCGUCCGUGAGACUCAAAAGAAGAGGUUUAAAGAUGUCACACUCGUUGAUAAACUGGUCGCCGCAGAUUCAGAGUGGAGAAAAUGCCGCUUCACUGCAGACAACCUCAACAAAGCAAAGAACCUCUGCAGCAAGAGCAUUGGGGAAAAAAUGAAGAGGAAGGAACCAGUUGGGGAGGAUGAAUCUGUACCUGAAAAAGCACAGAGCCUGGAGUCCCUAACAGCUGAAACACUAUCGGCCCUGACAGUUACCCAGAUCAAGAAGGUGCGUUUGUUGGUGGAUGAGGCGAUGGAGAAAACUGACAGUGAGAGGAUAAAGCUGGAGGCAGAGCGCUUCGAGUACCUGAGGGAGAUUGGCAACCUUCUGCACCCAUCUGUACCCAUCAGCAAUGAUGAGGAUGUAGACAACAAGGUGGAGCGUACCUGGGGCGACUGCACCGUCCAGAAGAAGUACUCCCAUGUUGACCUGGUGGUCAUGAUUGAUGGGUUUGAAGGCGAGAAGGGAGCUGUUGUGGCCGGGAGCAGAGGUUACUUUUUGAAGGGGCCGCUGGUGUUCCUGGAACAGGCUUUGAUAAAUUACGCCUUAAGGAUCCUACAUAGCAAAAAUUACACCAUGCUCUACACACCUUUCUUCAUGAGGAAAGAGGUCAUGCAGGAAGUCGCCCAGCUCAGCCAAUUUGACGAAGAACUGUACAAGGUCAUUGGCAAGGGCAGCGAGAAGUCAGACGACAACUCCGUGGACGAGAAGUACCUCAUCGCCACCUCCGAACAGCCGAUCGCAGCCUUCCUGAGAGAUGAGUGGCUGAAACCCGAGGACCUGCCCAUCCGCUACGCCGGCUUUUCCACCUGCUUCAGACAGGAAGUGGGCUCCCAUGGCCGAGACACCCGCGGGAUCUUCAGGGUACACCAGUUUGAGAAGAUUGAACAGUUUGUCUAUGCCUCUCCACAUGAUGGCAAAUCAUGGGAGAUGUUUGAUGAGAUGAUCGGCACAGCAGAGGAGUUCUACCAGUCUCUUGGAAUUCCUUAUCGCAUCGUCAACAUUGUCUCUGGCGCCCUCAAUCACGCAGCCAGUAAGAAGCUGGACCUGGAGGCCUGGUUCCCUGGCUCCAGUGCUUUCAGAGAGCUGGUCUCCUGCUCAAACUGCACCGACUACCAGGCCAGACGCCUUCGCAUCCGCUACGGACAGACCAAAAAGAUGAUGGACAAGGCAGAGUUUGUGCACAUGUUGAACGCAACCAUGUGUGCCACUACACGUGUGAUGUGUGCCAUCCUGGAGAAUUACCAGACUGAAGAAGGCAUUGUUGUUCCAGAGGUGCUCAGGCAGUUCAUGCCUCCUGAUUUGUCAGAGAUCAUUAAGUUUGUCAAGCCCGCUCCAAUUGAUCAGGAGAUGUCUAAGAAAUCAAAGAAACAGCAGGACGGAGGGAAGAAGAAGAAGCAGGGAGGGGGAGAUCAGAACCUGCCCAACUGCAUGGAGAGCAUGUCCGUCAACGACUCAUAGACUCCAGCAUACAACAGUGUCGCUUCACCAAUCUCACAGAUAGAAACUGAUGGAAUAGAGCCUCUCGUGGAGGUUAAACUGGGGUCAGUUUGGUAAUUUCACAAAGUAAAAUGGAUAAAGUUAGAACCUGGGGAAACAAAUCUCUGAAGUAGGCACUUACCUUAUAGUCAAGGCUGGCUCUAUCCCAUCUGUGUCUAUCUGAAUGGAUGGUGUUGAUCAUCUCAGCUGUUCCUUCCCUCAUUCAUAGGAGGCACACCGAAAAAGGGAUCGCUCUGUGCUUGCAGCCACCUUCAGUCAGAAACUAUCCACCUGUCUGUCACUUUCUCACAUCAGCAUCAACACUGAGCCUAAACGAACAGACAAGACUAUUUAAGUUGGUCAUGUGGGACAGCGCAUGUUGAUAUAUGCAGAAUCAACAGCUUCUGUCUGGCUUCAUAGCAGUUGGUAGUGUCUGUGACUGGUAUAUAGUGCAGAUGAACCACUGUAAUCUGUAAUUAUCAUACAAAAGUGUGGUUUCUGAAGAUUUGUAUUUUGUAUAACUGAUCAAUUACUGUCUGAAAUCUUCAUUCAUCGGCUCAUGUUGCCUUUAACCACGAUCAUCAUUUCCAACCGUUGUUGCUCGACGUCACAGUUGACCAUAAUGCUGUUCACUACAGUAUGUUAUGAUUGAGACAUUGUCUGUAUUUACUUGCUAAUGUAAACGUAUAUAUAUGAUUGAGCAUUGAUGAAGUGGAACUCGCUGUAAACAAAUAUUAAAAACAGUUGAUAUGGAA